UGUAAAUGAAUGAACGAGGGAUGCUAGUGGAUCCGAGAUUUGACGCAUUCUUUAAAUUGGAACAAAUAGACGACUACAAAUAUGAUGGAGCUGACACUUCUCCAUCAACGUCCAACGGUCUGCCAGAAACCUCAAACGGGGGUCGCUUGAUUUGUGAUGUUUGUGGUGACGUGGCGUUCGGAAAACAUUAUGGGAUUAAUGCUUGUAAUGGGUGUAAAGGUUUUUUCAGACGAAGUGUGUGGUCAAGGAGGCAAUAUUCUUGUCGUUUUGGAGGAGAUUGCCCGGUUGUAAAGGAACAUCGAAAUGUCUGUAGAUCUUGUCGAUUGAAGAAAUGUUUUGAAGUUGGAAUGAAUCCGGAUUCUGUACAAAAUGAACGUGAUCGUAAUGCUAAAAAUGGAGGGAUGGGUGGACCAAUGUCAUCUCCAACUCAGUCUUCUUUAUGCAAAGAAUUGACAAUUUCUAAUGGACAGAUUAAACGAAAGAGACUGAGACCGGAAACCGUAGAAAAAACGACUCAGACUGAUGGAAAACUUGAAAUAAACGAUGAUUUUGAUUUUGAAAACAUGCAACAAAACCCAACCCCUCCAGGAUUAUUGCCUCUUAAAAUUGAAAGAAUCUCAACACCUCCAUCCGAUUUGCCUGUUCCUAUGGACUUUUCAAUUCAUUCUGCAGUUCUUGACAUUGAGCAAAAAGUAUUUUAUAAUUGUCCGGUGGCUGUUGAUAAUUCAAUUAAUGCAACAAAAACUCCAAUCACUUUGCCAUUUGAGGUCGUAUUCCGUCAACCUCAUCUUGUAUGUAACCGUUAUCCAAUGCGAUUCUCGAAUACUCGAGUAUUAACUCCAGAAGAUCUUAUUGACGGAUGGCGUCGUCAUUUCACUUAUUAUUCUGAUUGGUGUCAUGCAAUGGAUGAAUUCAAGGCAUUGUCUCCUGAAGAUCAGAUUGUUUUGGCAAAGAAAAAGAUUAUACUUCAUGGAUGGCUUGUUCAUGCUUACUACUCAUACAAGAGUGGUUGCAAUGGAAUUUGUUUUGCAAAUGGAGCCGCCCAUCUUCCUGAAGGAGGUCAUCCAAGUAUCACGGAAUUCUACAAAGAAUGCAUGCCUCGUUAUCUGAACUAUGUCAUUUAUCCAAUGCAUAAUUUCCAAAUGGAUGAUGCUGAAAUGGUACUUAUCAAAUGUAUCAUGUUCUUUUCGAGUGAAUCCGGACUAAGUGCUGCUGGACGGCAAAUCGUUUCGGCGGCUCGUGAAAAAUAUUUAUCAGCUUUAUAUAAUUAUGGGCGUGCAAAUAAAUGUACCACAUCAGCUCAGGCAACUCUUCGAAUCGCGAAAUUUAUGAUUAUGCUUUCCGCAAUUACGAGUUUGACACAUUUAAUGAAUGAAGGAGUUCAUGUGACGUCACUUUUCAAUAUAAUUGAAUUUGACGAACUAAUCCAAGCAACUCAUAAGACGACUCCACCUCAACAUUCUCCUCCAGCUCCAAUGGGUUAAUGUGUUAAUUUCGGUUUUUGGAUUCUACCUCUUUGAUCUCGUUUCAUAUCAGAACUUGACUGUUUCAUUAUUUGAAUGGAUUAUUUCUUGAAACAUCCGUAUAUAUCUUAUUGAACAUUUUGACGCUGUGAUAUCCUGUACCAUAGAUAAAUAUGUAUAUAAUCGUUGUGUAUUGCAAAAGAAAAUAAAUUCCUUUUUUUU